AUGGGUAAAUGGGUGAAGAGUUAUAAACUUGCGCCCCUCCCCUCCCCGCGGGGAGGAGCUGAGAACCGGGACUGCAGGAGUAGGGAAAGGGUUCCGCGGAGGCGGAGGAGGGUCUCCCCGGCCGCCCGCGGAUAUGCCAUCCAGAAGCCAGUCCGGCCCAGCCAAGAAGAUGACCCGCCCCCUUCCACGCUCCUCAAAGAUCACCAGGACGUCCCUGGAAUUGACAAGGUUGAUGAUGUCGGGAAAAGACUCUUGUCUUUGGAAAUGGGGAAUCAGAAGGAGAAGCUAAAAGUCAAGAAAGAACAAUUGAUGAACAAGGUUGUGGCAAACCCCGAGGACACCAGCGCCCUGGAGGCUCGAAUUGUUGCCUUGACUGUCAAGAUCCGCAAUUAUGAAGAACACAUGCAGAAACAUCGAAAGGACAAAGCUCUCAAGCGCUAUCUGAUCACGAGCAUUGACCAGAGGCAAAAGAUGCUCAAAAACCUCAGUAAGACCAACUACAAAGUCUUUGAGAAGAUGUGCAAGGACCUGGGGACUGAGUGCAUCUUCCCCCCUAUGUACUACCGAAGAGCCCACCGCCGCUGGGUGGCCAAGAAGGCUUUGUGCAUUCUGGUUUACCAGGAGGCACAAAAGCUAAAGAAGCAAAGAAGGGCCUUAAAAGCAGCAGCAGCUGCCCAGAAACAACGCCAGACGAACCCAAUAAGCAUUUCCCAAGCUGAACCAGAGGCAAUCAAGGAAAACAAAUAAUUUUGUU